AUGUGUGAUGCAAGCCGCAUGUGUGAUGCAAGCCGCAUGUGUGAUGCAAGAAGCAUGUGUGAUGCAAGCCGCAUGUGUGAUGCAAGCCGCAUGUGUGAUGCAAGCCGCAUGUGUGAUGCAAGCCGCAUGUGUGAUGCAAGCCGCAUGUGUGAUGCAAGCCGCAUGUGUGAUGCACGCCGCAUGUGUGAUGCAAGCCGCAUGUGUGAUGCAAGCCGCAUGUGUGAUGCACGCUGCAUGUGUGAUGCAAGCCGCAUGUGUGAUGCAAGAAGCAUGUGUGAUGCAAGCCGCAUGUGUGAUGCAAGCCGCAUGUGUGAUGCAAGCCGCAUGUGUGAUGCAAGCCGCAUGUGUGAUGCAAGCCGCAUGUGUGAUGCAAGCCGCAUGUGUGAUGCAAGCCGCAUGUGUGAUGCAAGCCGCAUGUGUGAUGCACGCCGCAUGUGUGAUGCAAGCCGCAUGUGUGAUGCAAGCCGCAUGUGUGAUGCACGCCGCAUGUGUGAUGCAAGCCGCAUGUGUGAUGCAAGAAGCAUGUGUGAUGCAAGCCGCAUGUGUGAUGCAAGCCGCAUGUGUGAUGCAAGCCGCAUGUGUGAUGCAAGCCGCAUGUGUGAUGCAAGCCGCAUGUGUGAUGCAAGCCGCAUGUGUGAUGCACGCCGCAUGUGUGAUGCAAGCCGCAUGUGUGAUGCAAGCCGCAUGUGUGAUGCAAGCCGCAUGUGUGAUGCAAGCCGCAUGUGUGAUGCAAGCCGCAUGUGUGAUGCAAGAAGCAUGUGUGAUGCACGCCGCAUGUGUGAUGCAAGCCGCAUGUGUGAUGCAAGCCGCAUGUGUGAUGCAAGAAACAUGUGUGAUGCAAGCCGCAUGUGUGAUGCAAGCCGCAUGUGUGAUGCAAGCCGCAUGUGUGAUGCAAGCCGCAUGUGUGAUGCAAGCCGCAUGUGUGAUGCAAGCCGCAUGUGUGAUGCAAGCCGCAUGUGUGAUGCAAGCCGCAUGUGUGAUGCACGCCGCAUGUGUGAUGCAAGCCGCAUGUGUGAUGCAAGCCGCAUGUGUGAUGCAAGCCGCAUGUGUGAUGCACGCCGCAUGUGUGAUGCAAGCCGCAUGUGUGAUGCAAGCCGCAUGUGUGAUGCAAGCCGCAUGUGUGAUGCACGCCGCAUGUGUGAUGCAAGCCGCAUGUGUGAUGCAAGCCGCAUGUGUGAUGCACGCCGCAUGUGUGAUGCAAGCCGCAUGUGUGAUGCACGCCACAUGAUCCAAGAAGCUCUGCCGCGCUCCUCCUCCUCGUAG